CCUUACUCAUCACUGAAACCAAAAAUAAAAACUCAAACUUUACUACUCUUAACUUCGACUAUCCCAUCAAUUUCCAAGACUUGCCAUUGACAACGUUGUCUUGUCCUCAUUAACUACUCUCCACUUGAUUAUGGUGAUUAUGCAGUGUACACAAUUAAAUUCAUGAACUUGACAUGGUACAUCAAGAAUUUGGAUGGCUCUCUUAUGAUUUUUUGCAUGAGAAGAGAAAGUAGUGUGUGAAAAGAUACAAAAAUUCAGACAGUGAGUGCUCUUAUUCUUUGUUGAUUCGAUUCAAUGUUGCCUUCACUUUCCAUUUCAAUCAAAGGCUUAGGUCGUUCUGUUUCUAAGGCUCAGUCCCUGCUCACAAGGAGGAGGUUAACAACAACAACAACAACAUCAUCAUCAUCAUCAUCAUCAUGCACAACAACAACAACACCUGGUUUAUUCAAAAACACUUGCUUUACCUUUGCCCAUUCUCAUGCAUACCCUAGCAGAAGUAGUAGUAGUAUUAGAUACAUGAUGAUGAGUUCAGCUACCUCUCUUGAACUCAACUGCCAGAGUGAUGUUGUAAGGUUUUCUCUUGUUGACAAUAGUAAGAACAAUAAGCCGCAGCAUCAGCAGCCCAAAUUCAAACGCCGUAAAAUGUCCAAGAAGGCCAAAGUCAAUCAAUUAAAAUUCUAUCGUUUGAUGGCAAGGAAAAAGAUCAAUUCUCCCAACCCAGAAGUUAGGAUUCGAUAUAAACUCGAAAAGGCAAAACGGAAGGAGACAUGGCUGAUUGACAAGCUGAGGAAUUUGGAGCUUCCCAAAACCCCACAUGAAACAGAACCACAUGAUCCUGAAGCUCUAACCGAGGAAGAGAAGCAUUACAUUAAACGUACAGGUGAGAAAAAGAAGAAUUAUGUUCCUGUGGGCAGGCGUGGAGUGUUUGGAGGCGUUGUUCUCAAUAUGCAUCUUCACUGGAAGAAGCAUGAGACUGUCAAGGUUGUUUGCCGUCCUUGCAAACCUGAUCAGCUUCAAGAAUAUGCUCAGGACCUUGCUCGUCUCAGCAAAGGCAUUAUCAUCGACAUCAAGCAUGACAAUACUAUUCUUUUUUACCGGGGAAAGAACUAUGUCCAGCCUACCGUCAUGUCACCACCAACAAUCUCCAAAGAGAAGGCCUUGGAAAAGUACAAGUUUUUACAGUCCCUUGAGCAUACAAGUCAGUUCAUAGAAAAAUUGGAAAAAGAACUAGAAGAGUAUCAGGAGCACCUUGCUCGGUACAAGCAAGGAAAAGAAGAUGCAAAAAAAGAUUCGACGAUUAAUACACACUCACACAAUAGUCUUGUUUAAUACUUCUUCUGGUCAUCUUGUUUGGAACUUUUAGAAGCCAGUAAGGAAUAGAAUAAAUAGAGGGGAGAGGGUUCAUUUGUGGGGUGUGAAGAAAAGAAAUUGGUAAAGGGUUGUAACCCCGAGUGGGAGAGAAGAGGGCUCUCGAAUUGCCUAGAUAAUCAAUAUCAGUAUAUUUUCUUCUA